ACCGACCUAAAUCCGCUGUGCCCUCUCGCGUAGGCGCCUAUAAAUAGCGCCCCUCCCUACGGCCAAAUUGCACCACGGCAGACCAACGAGGCAUCAAAGUGAAGGUUACACACACGAUCUGUGAAAGCGAGAUGGCUCGCACUAAGACGACAGCUCGGAAUUCAACUGGAGGAAAAGCCCCUAGGAAGCAACUAGUUGCAAGGAUGUUUGCUGCUGCCCGUAAGACAGCACCGGUAACCGGAGGGGUCAAGAAGCCUCGCCGUUACCGCCCUGGUACCGUAGCUCUUCGUGAAAUUCGCAAGUACCAAAAGGGCACUGAGCUGCUCAUUAGGAAGAUGCCCUUCCAGAGGCUGGUGAGGGAGAUUGCCCAGCUUCACAAAAGUGAUUUGCGUUUCCAGAGUCAUGCAGUGCUUGCUUUGCAAGAGGCGGCAGAAGCAUAUCUUGUGGGUCUCUUUGAGGACACCAACCUAUGUGCCAUCCAUGCCAAGCGCGUGACGAUCAUGCCGAAAGAUGUCCAUCUGGCUACAAGGAUCCGUGGUGAAAGACCAUGACUGUAUUGAGAAGGGAGCUAUACCGGCCACAACCUGCUGCAUAAUUUCCAAACUGCUGCCUUUAUGUCAAGAACUGUUACCUUAUUAGUUUGUGCGAAACAUUACAACUAUCUGUCAAAUAAUUAGUUAAUGUUGGUGGAAGGUACCUUCCUAGGUUUUCUUUUGCUGAAUCUGUCAAAUAAUUAAGUUCUACAUGACUGCAAUGAUAUCAAUUACGAUUUUCUGAU